UUUAUAUGAAAUAUUGAUAAGAAAGCUAAAGAGUGUUUUGUUUUGUUCAGCACAUAAAAGUGUUUCCUCUACAGGAGAAAAACCAGGUAUUGUGAGAAAAUACAAUUUCUUAAAACAUAAUAUUUUUCUCAUUUCUCUCAUGAGAGGUAAAUGUCUAGGCAUCAAAUUUCGUGGCAAUUACCUGGAGUAAAUUGUCUCAUCGGAGUUAAUUAGAUUACCUACUGAAUAAAGCAUUAAUUAAUACGAUUUCAAAAUAACUUUCAUUCAAGGUCAGUGAAAUUUUUUCGCUGUUUGUCGAAACUUAACACUGUUGAACCUCUCAGUGAAAUCUUGGUGUUUACCUGUACAGAUUUACCUGGAUCUGUUUACCUGUAAAUAAAUACAGGUGUGACAUUUUGAGAGGAGAUACCUUUUUUGCUAUCAACAAAGGCAGCUUUUCAAGAUCUGAUAUUUUAGAUUUAUUUUUUUAAUCUAGUUUUUUAUCAGAGAGAUUUCUGUGUUGGAAAAUCUAUACUUUCAUUUGACAUUUAUAACGAGGAAGUUGACAAAAAUAAAAAUUUCAUUCACAAAUUAAUGCUGCUAGAUUGGAAUUUUUAAAGAAAAAUCUUAUUAAGGCAGUAUGGUAGCUGUUAAUGUAUUAAAUUGAAUGACACAUCAAAUUAUGACCAGGAACUGAAAGAAGUUUUAUUAUACUAAAAGUGAUAUUUAAUGAAGCAAUAAAAAUAUAAUUUGUUCCAGGAAAUUUAUUCUAUUUCGACAAGGAUGUUGAUGAUAAUGCUAAACGGUGAUUCAUCAGAUUUUCAAAUAAGUGUCGCAGGGAAGUGAUGAUUUGACUGGCAAACAUCGGAUGACAUCUUCAAUAUUGUGUUGAUGGAUAUUCAAUUCACACAAGUGCUGUGUAAUCUGUGAUAUCAAAAACAAAUAUUGGAGGAGGAACCUACAAAAUUUUAUUAACAUUCCACACAUUACGAGGAAUCAAAUUUCGUGUAAAUUGAAGUUUGAUAACAAAUAUCAAGACUAAAAUUAAUUGAACUUUUUCAAAAAAAGAAUUUUUGGUUUUUAUUACAUUACACUGAAUUGCACUCAGUGUUGUUGCAGGAUUUAGAAGAAAAAUUCUGGAAGCUUGACGGAUAUUUUGAGAAAUUCUUCUGAAAAAGCAAGCAGAAAAUGAGAUUUUAUAUAGAUUUCAAAGCAUUAAGUUUUGAAAUAAGAAGACAUUAUUAAUUAUUACAGAGGCAUAUAUUUAUGCAAUAUGUUGAAGUGAGCAUAAGACUUCGAGAUAAAUCAUUGAAAUUUCAAUUCAUAAGUUACAGAAAAACAGAGAUUUCACAUCGGAGGUAUUUGAAAUUGGAGAUAUUCUAAAUCGAAAGUAUUUCAAAUCAGUUGAAGUAUAUCAAAUCAGAGGUAUUUCAAAUUGGAGUUUUUUUUAAAAAGUGGAAGCAUUUCAAAUUGGAGGUAUUUCACAUCAGAAGUAUUUCAAAUUGGAGGUAUUUCACAUUGGACAAGGGGAUAGAAACCUACAACUGUAUGUAUAGGUACACUGUGUGUAUUAUAUAUACAAGGUACAGUGCCAGGAAGCUAAAUACUUUGCAGAUGUCAUAAAAAUUCCUUCAGAAUAAAUGAAGGGUGGUCUGCCAGUGGUGUGAAGUGUACUUAAUCCUUGUGUUUAUAUAACAUACUACCAAGACAGUGUAUUGAUGAUCGUUGGGUCGAGGGAGAACAUGAAGCUCGCCAGCAUGGCAGAGCCUUCACUUUCAAAGUUGCAUGCUUGACUACGGAGUUAUGAAGCGACCUGAUAUCAGAAAUUUGCCACUGGGACGUUAGCAGACGACAACCAUGUACAGGGCAUAUCUACUGAAAUGUCGCCUUGAACAAGAUCAAGAUCAGGAGCCAAAUACUUCAGGGUACAACUCUCAGGAAUCUCGCUAUGACUCGGCAGUGACCUCAAAUGACCCCUGGUCAAGGAAAGAGGUCAAGGUCACUGGUGACCAUAAAGGUGUUGGCCACACUCUAACUGCUCAAGACAAAGAAAAUGUGUCCUUCACAAAGUAUAGAACUUUAACAGAAAAUGGUGCUAACUCACAAUGUUCUAAAUCUCCACUAACACAAAAGAGUUCCAAUCCUGCAUCUGACUCAGGAAGGAGCUUAAAUGAUGAAAGUGAUGAGAAACUCCAAAGUGCAUUAAAAGACGACUCUGUGACACGCACAGGAAGUAGAUUAGGUCGUCAGCUACGCAUAUCAUCUUUAACAGACUCAACAGGGCACCUGUAUGUGCCGGAUACACCUCCACAUUCAUUAGCUCAUCCAUCUGAUUCAUCAAAGGGAGAUAACAAUCUUUUAUCAAAUGAAUCGGUUUCAUCAACGGCUGAUGUUGAAAAUGUAAAUCAAAAUGCUACGCAAAUUUCAACCAUUAAUAACAGACACACACCAAAAAUUGUGUACAGCCAUUCAGAAGACAAUUGUAAUGUAGAACGACCUGCACAUCGGACACUUCAACAUUCCCCGUACAGCUCACCCAACGCUUCGCCACGUCUUAAACGACGUCCUACCAUGGAAACGAGGCGUGUGUCAAUUUCAGAUGUGGACGGAUUUGUUCAACUUAACCAAUACCAGUUGAAAACAGAAAUCGGCAAGGGAUCCUAUGGUAUUGUGAAAUUAGCUUACAACGAAGAAGAGGACUUCAAUUAUGCAAUGAAAAUUUUAUCAAAGAAACGACUGAUGAAAAAGGCUGGGUUUUUUCGGCGACCCCCUGCUAGAGAUGGUAAACCUGUGGCCCAUCCGCCAAACCCACUGGAGCGAGUUUAUAGAGAAAUCGCCAUCCUUAAAAAGCUUGAUCAUCCGAACAUUGUCCGAUUGGUUGAGGUGUUGGAUGAUCCAGAUGAGGAUAAUCUGUAUAUGGUAUUUGAACUGCUGGAAAAGGGGGAGGUGCUGGAGGUUCCGACACCAACGCCACUUUCCGAGGACACUGCCUGGAGGUAUUUCCGGGACAUCAUUGUCGGAAUAGAAUACUUACAUUUCCAGAAGAUUAUCCACAGGGAUAUCAAACCUUCAAACCUGCUGUUGGGAGACGAUGGUCAUAUCAAAAUUGCUGACUUCGGAGUUAGUAACGAAUUCACAGGCACAGACAUAUCUCUCACCAAUACUGCUGGUACUCCUGCCUUCUCUGCACCAGAGACGCUCAAAGAUGGCAAAGAAGAGUUCGGAGGGAAGGCUCUGGACAUAUGGGCAAUGGGGAUUACGUUGUAUAGUUUUGUUUUCGGACAGGUUCCUUUCCCUCCCAAAGAUGACUACAUUAUGGGUUUGCAUCGACGCAUUUUAAAUGACCCUGUCACUUUUCCAUCUGUGCCUACAAUAUCAGAACCAAUGAAGGACUUACUUCUGAAGAUGCUGGAAAAAGACCCAAAUAAUAGAAUUCUUCUGCCUGAUAUAAAGAUACACCCGUGGGUAACGAAGGAAGGCGAGUUCCCGCUCCCUACUGAGGAAGAAAACUGCAUCCUGGUAACAGUCACGCAGGAAGAUAUCAACAAUGUUGUCAAACAUGUGCCAAAAAUUGAAACUGUGAUAUUAGUGAAGAGUAUUCUGAAACAGAAGUCGUUCAGAAAUCCCUACCGAGACAAAUCACAUGUGAAAGAAGAGUUUCAAAAGGGGAGAUCACAUUCUGCCCCUGAUACAUUCCACGACGUCGUGAAAAGGAAAAUUUCUUCUGAUGCACAUGUUGAUUCUACAUUGAAGGAAGACUCAUGACACAAGACCUAAACCAACAUGGAUUUUCAAGCUCAUAUAUUUUGUAUUACGAUCUAAGAUACAAGAAGCAUGCUAUCUUCAGAUCUAAAAUGGACAAAUCUUCUGCCUGUAUCUUGACAACUUUUUACAUUUACAAUUUCUGUGAUGAACUUAAUUUCACAUGGACUCUCAAACAUAAAUAUCUUUUUUUUUCUGUAUUUUAUCACAUCUUUGAUCCUUGUUGAAUUUUGUCUUUUUUUUCAAAAUAAUGCUGAUGUAGGUUUUUGAAGAUUUUUUCAUGUUUAGAACUUUGACCCUUGUUGAACUUUUGACUUUUCACCUUUGAUACUGUUAUUUUUGACUUUCAACAUUUAUAUUGUUAGAACGAAAUGUUCAAGCUUUAUUGCUGAUCUGAUACAUUAUCAGUAUUUGUAUCUGUAUUUAACACCAACGGGAUGUAGAUUAACAAUUUUGAGAAAUAAUUGUGUAAUUUCCUAGCCUUUUGUCUAUAUGUUUCCGUGACGUCUUGAAAGUAAAAUGAAAAAAAAAAAAAUAUGUAGACACCAUUAUAUCUCUAUCUUGAUUCCUUGGUUUGUUGUUUUCUAUGUUUUUUCUUUCAUAGGAAGUUUUUCCUGCUUUUCAAUUCAUAACCUUUAUGAACAAAACUGAUUUUGCAUUAAUUAUUGAUAGGAUGUUUGAACGCUACUUGGCCGAAGAAACAGCGACUGUAAAAUAUAAAAGAAUAAGAAAAAAUAUUAAAUGAUAAUUGAUCAAAUCUACAUGUUUUAUUUUCAAAAUAUACAAUAUCUGUCAAAUGGAAUAAAAGCCAAUAAUUAUCUUAUCAUAGAUAUUGUCUAAUUGUUUAAAUAUUAAAAUAUAAAUGCAAUUUACAUUUCUUAUGUGUUUCAUUAUCAUUUACUUUUUAUUGUUGUCCAUGAUCAUAAGGAAUAUAAAAAAAAAUGGGGAAAUGUAGUGUUUUGAUUAGUGUAAAGAACAAUAGCAAAAAAUUUUUUUUUAAAAAUAACUUAUUCCAAUUUUGAUCACGAAAUAAGGGUCUGCUUAGAUGUUAAUGUCAUAAUAAAAUACUAAUGUAAUCUUAAAAACAAUUGAUUGUGAAAAAAUAAAUUUCUCAGGGUCUUUAAAUGUGUUGAUUGUAAAAUUUAAUUAUAUAAGAUAUUUUUUCGUAAGAUAUUUAUAAUUCUCUUUUCACUAUUUAUAAUCUGUCUUGUGAAGAAGUUAUUUUGAUGGUUUACGAUUUUUGUUUAAACUACAAAGAUGCCUACAUUUGUAUGAAUGAAUUUUAAUUUAAAAUCACUUGUAUAACCAGUUUCUAGGGCCAUCAAUAAAAACCAAAAAGGACUCAAAAUAAAUUAAUCAUAGUAUGGGUGCAAUUGCUACAUAUAUCACGACUUGAAAGAAAAAUUAUGUUUUUUUGAAUUUUAUAUAGACAACAUUAUGACAAUCUUAAUUGAUACUAAAUGGACCGUAUUUAUUAGAAAUUAUUUUGUUUAUGGAAAUCAUGGAAUAGUUGAUAUGUUGUUAAACUAACUACACAAUCCAUACAUAUACUCCAUUUUGAGUAAUUUGAAAUGUCCAUUAAUUUAUUAUAAAAGAAAAUAAAUACCAAGGAAUCCACGGAAACAACAUUUGUUGAGAGCCUCUAUCUUAAUAACCAUCAUUCCACCAUAAUUUUGUUGUGUCCAUUAAUCUAUUUUUUAGCAAAUACAAAUAUAGCAUUAUAUUUUAGUAUACAGAUCAAGUUCUGAUUUUGCAGUGGUCAAAAUAUUUUCCAUAGUUAUGACCAUUUAGCUAAAGAAAAUUCUCCAAAACAGUUGGGCCAAAAUUGGAGAGCCUUGUCUAUCUCCAGUGUGAAUUUAAAAAGAAAGUUAAAAAAAACACGCACAGAAAACGAAAGUACACAAAACAUAGAAUCUCUUGAUUGAGAAAGCCUUGUAAAUUACAUAUUGUACUUCAAAAUUAUCAUUGUAAUCUGUGGUGAAAAAUGGUGACUUUACCUAAAAUGAUCAAGUAAUUUACACAAAGACCAUCCUCAGUCAGCUAGUAAUUUCGUUGAUCUUGCUCGUCUGGUACUUGCUUGAUGUAAUUAUCAAUCACACCUACUUCGCAGAUGAUGUUGUAUUUGCAAUCUCAACAUCUGUAGAAAAUAUAUAUGUUAUUAGACGGAGAUAAAUAUCUUUAUUAUUUCAUCUCUUUUCUAUGUAAACUUACCAACUUCUGUAAUUAUAUGUUCGACAUGAAUUAUAAAUUAUGCUUCAUCCAACUGUAAGUUUAAGUUCCGAAUGUUGUCGUAUACCACAAAGACCAACUGAAAAUAACAUUAUCAUGCCAUUUAUAUAUAAAUUAUGCCAUAAUUUAACAUCAUGGCAUUGUAUAUUCCUAGUUUUUGCAUCAUUUUGCUAAUAUGGUGCAUACGUUUCAAAGAUAAUAACAGAAACUUUAGUUGGCUAUUGAUUAAUUCCAGAAGUCCGAUAGCACUGAUUCCCUCAAAUGUAUUGUUUCCCUAAAUAUAUGUCAAAUAACUGUCUUUAACCCAAAUCAUGAGUACUUUAUCGGGGCUCAAAAAGUGACCAUUAAAGGUCCACACACAGUCCUGAAAUAUUUAUAUAUCUGGGCUUGGAAAUACUAGAGAUAAUUUCAAGAUUAUCCCGGAAGUAGAUUUAUUUUAUGUUAAAUAUGUUAUCAGAUGCAUUGUGAAUCUUUGUUGUUAACGCUCAAAAAUGCAAUUCUUAUGCACUGUUUGCUCAUUCCAUGUAUAAACCUGUUAUAUUUGUGACAUAUCCUAAUAAAACUUUUUGCAACUUUAUGCAUUUUGUAUCCUCAUUCUUUGACAAUAUUGUUAACUUUAUUGACCUCCUUGUUAUAUAGAUGUAAUGUCAUUGUAAUCCGUUCCAUGCUUUGUUCUGAAAUACAAAUGUAUGAACUUUUGUAAAAAAAAAAAAUGUGUUGUAUGAGAAAUUGUAUAUACUUUGGAUGUCUUUAAAAUUUGUCUUGAUAACUAAUUCAUUCUAUCCGAUACAUUGUUUCAUCAAAUUAAACGGAAACAUAUAUUGAUAACUGUUUGCUGAGAAUGAAAUUAAAAUCUGUCCAGUGAGUGGAACUUAUAGUAUUUUUAUGAUUCUAGUUUUUAUUCAUCUUGAGUGUUUUGUACAGUGAGCCGUAUUUGACAAUCUGUUCAGGCGGUAAAAUCUUUUUUCUUUCUGAUAUAUGGUUAAGCAUUUUCGUUCUGUUUUGUAAUUCCAAGAUGGAUAACUGUCUUUUUGUUCUAAUUUCAGUAGUCUAUUAGCAUAUUGCAUUAUGAGAAAAUACAAUACAUUUUCAGUAAUAAUACGUGCACUUCUGGUAUUUUUGUUUAUACCUUUAAGACAUAUCUACAUAGCUAUAGAACCAGGAAACAUUAAAAACUUUUAUUUGUAGGGAGUAAUAACUGCAACAUACUCAAGCGUUACCGAUAAAUUGGAACUUUAUUGUCAAGAAAGUUCCAACUUAUCGGUAAUGCUUGAGGAUGUUGCAGUUAUUACUCCCUACAUAUAUUUAAUUAUUUACUCUAACUGCCCGGCAUACCUAUAAGGUAUCCAGACUCAACGCGAAGUACCACACUGAGAAAACCCACUGAUUUCCAGCUGACGUUGGCUCCUUUCUCCUCCUUAAAAACUUUUAUUGUUUCAUAUUUCGUCAUUUUCGCCCAGUUUGUGGUUAAAUUUGACAACUGCUCCUCAUAUAUGUUCCGAGAGAUUUUAUUAACAAGUGACAAAUAUUUUUGAGGAAAAAAUUCUCGAUAUAAAGUGUUUUGUCAUACAUUCUUAAUUUCUAAGAACUUAUCAAAUGAUAUUUGAUUGUUUUAAUUGUAGUUUUUGAUAAUGGAGUAUCUAAUGAAAUAGUUCUAUCUGAAGACAUAACUUAAAUGAAGAACAUAGAAUUAACGUUUAUUUUGCAACCUGUUUUUACAUCCUCGUUUAUUUUUUAUUUGCAAAAUUUCAAAUACAUGUUUUUUAUUAGAAUUAACUUGUGUUGAAUGUAUUAGGACUAGCUUAAUAUUAACAUUUACUUUGCAUCAUAUAAUUAACUAUAAUGCAACACUUUGUUUUUCAAUUUAUUAACCAGAACGUAAUGCUGUGUACAGGUGCAGACCUUCACUUUAUAUAACUUGUUUUGUAUAAUAAUAGAUAUACACUAUCAACAUUGUUUCCUUUUGGACUGAAAUGUAUUAACCCUGUAACAUUUAUCUGCAAUCAAUUGGUAAUAUACUGCAACCAACUCUCUUUUGAUUAUUUAAAAUGUGAAAGAAAUAAUUUGCAGACAUUUGGGUAUAAUGUAGAAAUAUCAGAAGCUCUCCGUCAACAUCACAUAUAUUUCUCUUGGAAAUAUGUUAGAAUUAUUUAUAUGUAGGAAGGAAGGUAACUCAAAUGUUGACACGUUAGUAUUUGUUAUUUAUAUUAGAAAGUGGAUGGAAACUUUCGUCACCAGUACAGAAUCUUUUUAUGACCUUACAAGCAUCCAUAUAGUAUGGAUGGUCAAUCACCCAAAUAUGUUGGGUGAAUUAUCAUAUUUACUCUACGAUAUAUCGCGAUGACGAAUUUGAAAUAGCAACAACACAUAGUUAUUUUUAUUACUUUUAUAUAUGAAUAAAUAUGCAUUGAAUAAAUAUUUCAUCUUUGG